GCGCGCGGCCCCGGCAGCGGGACGGGCAGCGGGACGGGCAGCGAGCGGGGGCCAUGGCGGCGCCGCGCUCCUUCAGCGCCGCUGAGGUGCGGGCGCGCUGCGCGCAGGGCGCCUGCCUGGUCCGCUGCCACCGCCGCCUCUACGACCUGAGCGGCUUCGUGCGGCUGCACCCGGGCGGGGAGCAGCUCCUGCGCCGGCGGGCCGGUACCGACGUGAGCGCCGCGUUGGACGGGCCGCCGCACCGGCACUCCGCCAACGCCCGCCGCUGGCUGGAGCAGUACUACGUGGGAGAGAUGGAGCCCGGAGAGGAGCAGAGCCAGCCCGAGCCGGUGGAUGAGAAGGAGGUGGAUGCUGCAGCCCAGACCCCAACGCAGAUGGAUCCCCGCUGUAAAACCGUGGACGUGGAGAAGGACCUGGUGGACUGGCAGAAGCCCUUGCUGUGGCAGGUGGGCUACUUGGGGGAGAAGUACGACGAGUGGGUGCACCAGCCCGUGGAUCGGCCCAUCCGUCUUUUCCACUCGGAUUUCCUCGAGUCCCUCUCCAAGACGGCGUGGUACGUGGUGUUCAUCGUGUGGGCUCCCGUGGUGCUCUAUCUCAGCUGGGUCAGCUACACCUCCCUUGCCCAGGGCAACACCAGGCUCUUCUCCUCCUUCACCUCAGAGUACUCCAUCCCCGUCCACAAAUACUACUUCCCCUUCAUCUUCCUCCUGGGGAUGUUCCUGUGGUCCCUGCUAGAGUACCUCAUCCAUCGUUUUGUCUUCCACAUGAAGCCACCCGCUAGUAACUACUAUCUCAUCACCCUGCAUUUCUUGCUGCAUGGGCAGCAUCACAAGUCUCCCUUUGACAGCUCCCGCCUGGUCUUCCCUCCCGUGCCGGCCUCGCUGGUGAUCGGCUUCUUCUACGGCAUCCUGCGGCUCCUGCUGCCCGAGGUGCUGGGGCUCUCGGUGUUUGUCGGGGGACUCUGCGGCUACGUCAUCUACGACAUGAUGCACUAUUACCUCCACUACGGCUCACCGAAAAAAGGCACCUACCUGUACGGGCUGAAGGCUUAUCACGUCAAGCACCACUUUGAACACCAAAAAUCAGGUAGCGCUGCCGUUCCCGCACGUGCUGGCAGGGGCAAGGGCUGUCGAAGCCCAGCCUGCCUGCACGUGUGCAGCCGAUGCUCUGAAAUAUUUGGCACUCGGGAUUUGGGGUGGGGGAAACCCAAGAGCCGUGUCACUGAGGAAGUGAUGUAUGAGGUGCCGGGGGCGUGUUUCUCAGCCCCCAGGUUGAGGAUGGGGAGCUGGCGUGGCACGGGGGCAAAGGCGGCAGUCCAGCUCACCGGUGGGCACUAAUGCUGCCCGGGGAUGCCCGGGGCGGAGGCAGAGCCACUGCAGCACCGGGAUGUGGGUGUCCGUCCCUGCCUGGGGCAGCAUCUCCGCCUGCUGGGAGGCGUUGGCGGGCACAGGGUGAGGCCCUGGGCUUCCCCGGGUCUGCCCCACACCUUCCCCAGCCCGGCGCUUGCUCAAUGUGCCCUUUGCCUGGUUUCCUAGGAGAACACGCCCUGUCCAGAUAAGCUAUCAUCCAUGGGGCUGGUGGCAUGGCCCAGCCAGCUCCUUCUGCUCUCACCUUGCCUUCCUCCCUCCCCGAAACACGGGCACUCCUCCCUCGCCAGCCUCUCCAGAGGCACUGCCUGGCCCCGGCAUGGCUGUCAGUUGUCAUCACCUUUGCACUCAGCCGGGUGAUGUCCCAUCCUGUCCACGUGCUCCUCAUGCCCUGCCAGUCUCGGCGACGGUGGCACAGGCUCGGUUAACGUUGAGCGAGCCACACCCUGUCCCUGGCAGCAUCCUGGUGAUGGUGGUGCCACAGGCUGAGCGCUCUCUCCCGUGCCUGCAGGCUUCGGCAUCAGCACCCGCUUUUGGGAUUACCCCUUCCAGACUCUCAUCCCUGAGGAGACCUUCGAGAAAGAGGACUGACGGCCCCGGCACGGCACCCGGCUUCUAGCUCCGUCCCUCCCGGGCUGGGGCUGGCAUCCCUCCCCAGCCCUCGGCGAGGCCAGCGUGCCCCUGCCCCCUUCCUGGAGGCUGUGCCACGGCGGUGGCCUGACACCAGAGCAUCCCGGUGCUGUGCUGUGGUCCAGUUGCGGCACUACCAAGGGGGCUGGGGGGCAAGAAUGCAGGGAAAGGGGAGGAGGAGGUUGCGGGGCUCCCUGGGGGGCUCCUGCCCCUUCCUCGCCACCUUCCUGCUCCAGGUCAUGGAUGUGCAGGCAGUUCUGCUGCCUGAGAGAUGAAGUGCCCGAUACUGCCCUCCCUCCUCCACCCUGGCACCUUGCCGGAGCCCCCCUGAGCCCCUGGCCCUCCUGGGGUGCCCCCUCCCUGGGGCGUCCAACACGCUGCAGUUAACCCCAUCACCUAACUCGUGCUGAGGGGCUUCUGUAUUCCAGGUCCUUCUCCCGGCCUGAUCUCAGCACAGGGUGUUCUUAGCCCCUGGCCCUCGGGGUGGGGAUCCCGCAGGUCUGCAUUUUGCCUUUUUCUAACCAGUGCAGCCAUAUCUCUCUACCAGGUCUAUCAAGUUUGUGGGUUUUGUAGACAUUGGCUACUUAAAACUCAAACUCCAAUGAACACGAUUGCUCUGAGAUGCCCCUUUUUUUUUUUUUUUGCUGAUCCUGUGAUUUUAUUUUUUUUCUAAUGUUUACUGCAGAUAUUUAAAAGUUUGGAAUAAAGUUAUAUGUAAAACUGUAGACACUACAAUUGUAAAUAAACUGUAUAUUUUGAAAAAUAAAGCCUUUUAAAAAGG